GGACAAUAGAAUUUCAAAUUCAAAACACCCUAGCAACCAAUAGAAAGAACGCUCGCGUUCCAUUGACUUUUGAGCAAGGAAGAGAAUGAUGAGAACGAAGAGAAUGUGCUUGGAAAUCAGCAGAGUCUGCAAACUGCCCGUGGCCCCGUCAUUCACUUACUCAAGUCUUUCAAGACGAACUUGUUUGACUGAUAUUCCUCAACAAGAUGAUUAAUGAGGAAUGGCUGGGCAGUUCAUUUAAACUGUGUGAUAUAGUCACCACUUCAGAAUCUGCUCACUUUGACGAAUCUGCAGAGGUAGUAAUCCAUGGUGAAUCAUACCCACAACCUGCUUAUAACCCAUCAUCAAUCCAACAUACUCUGGAAACAUACAGCCAUUUGCUGGAUGUAACAUUAGAACAGAAUUUAGAGCCCAUUCAACACUUUGCACAGACGACAGCCAAAGCUAUUAUAGAUUCAGCCGUCAGGAUCAGAAACCCAAGAGAAUCCGUCAAAGUGAGAGAGGAUGAUGUUGAAAUGCUAGCUGAAGAGUUAACCUUACAAGUCUGUUGCAAAGCAUUGGAAGAGAUGGAGAGACAUUAUCACUGUGAUGAUCCAUCAUCCAAAAGUACGGAUGAUAAGGGGGUUGUGGAGGGGACUUAUGGAAAUGCAUCGGUCCUGUGCUCUUCGGGGUACAACUGUGAUAAAAAAACAACUGAAAUGGAAACAGACAACAAGAUGGAGGAAUAUGAUGACACAUCUACCACAGUAUAUGCUAAUUCCUUGAAGAGCAUGGCUAAUCUGGGCUCUAUUGAGUACCCUGAUGCUCCUCCUAGCACCCCUUUACUUCCAGAGAUGAUAAGGAGUCGAGCCAGUUUCACAAGGAAGCUAAAGGGAGGACUGGCUAAAGAGUUCCUUCCUUCAACCCCUCCACCAACCCCCAAAGACCACAUGCAACCACUAAUGGAGAACCAUAUGACAGAUGCGUCCACUGACUUCAUGGUGAGACUGAUGCGCUCACUUUCACUGGAGUGCUGUCAAAACGAAGGCUUAGAAGAAAGCGAGGAUGGAGAAGUUAAUGAUGGCGGACUCCAAAAUGAUGUUCCCAGGCUGACUGACUAUGCAGCUCAUAUUUCUGCAGAUAUCCUUCAUUUUAUCACCACAAAUGAGAUAAAAGUAAAGGAUGAGGGUUAUGUGAAAAGCAUGUUGGCUAUUGCUGACCAACUAGCGAGUGAAAUAGUCACAGCGUCUCUAGCAGAGGUGAUGGCGAGAGGAGAAAGGAAGGUUUUGGAGGAAGGAACAACAUCAUACUCAAUGUAUAAAGUAGACAUGGCUCCAGACACAAGGGCUAUGAUCUCUGCAACAGACAGGGUGAAAGUUUUAGCUAGUGAGCUAAUCAUUAACGCUAUGGUUCAUGCUUUUGCUAAGCUAGGACAGGGUGUGUUUAAACAUGGAACCCAGCCACAUCUUUCAAGCCAAGCUGUAGAACCACAGCCAUGGGAAGAAGGAAGAUAUUCAAACACAUUGUGUAAAGACUCAGUCAACUCCCACAAAGCCAAAACCUUCAGAUGUUGCAGCGAUAAAUCAGAACUGAACCCCAUUACAGAUGACGCCAUGAAAGUGAAAUCAUCGGUACACACAUUUGCCAACAACUUUGCAGAAGACGUGCUUCAGCAUUCUGUGUGUGACGCUUCCAGCAUACUGUUUAACUAUAAGCAAUCUCAGGGAGCAGAAUUUGGCCCAGAGAAAGACAUUACACCAUGGGUAAUCAAGAUGCGUGCUGGGGAAAGUCUUGUCCAGGAACUGCAAUGUGCUCUACUCUGGGCCACAGCCUCUCAGAAAGGGACUAAAGCACUUCAGUUUGAUCUACCAGACAAAAGCCUUCAGCAAAAGCUUUGCAGACUCUCUCGGAGUGCCCGUCUGAAUGGCUGGACCGUGGGUGCUUUGAUUGUGUCUCUCCAUGAGUUUUGUGACAUGCAGCAAGAGACCAGCGGAGGGCACUAUAAGAGCUCCGAUUCUCUCCUGGAGCAUCUGCAGCACCUGAUUGACAAUGUGUGUUUAAACUCAUCUUGAAGCCUUACCCUUACAGAACUGGUCAAUGAUCCAUGCAACACCCACUGAAAUAGAGACAGAAAAUGGCACACAUAAAUCUUCAUCCACAAUCUUUCACAUCCCAAACAUUAAUAAAAGGAGACAAUGUAAUAACAAAGUAUAAACAGUUAUAAUCAAUUUCACUCUGACCCAUUGAAAAUGAGCCUUUAAAGACGAAACAGCUGCAUGCACACUGUCUGUUUAUAUGAGAUCUGCUCUCCCGGUCCAAGCGCUCAAACCACAGUCAUUAUUAGGUAAGCGGAAAUCUGACUACAUAUCAGCUUUGGAAGUUAUUACCAUCCAAAACACACUGACACAUUCUUGACCAAAGAUCCUGUAUUCUGUAUGUUCCGCUGUUGUUAUUUUUAAAAAAACCUAUAAUAAAGUGUGUCUGACGAUGAUAAACAGUGAAUGCUGUAUUGUAAAAGCUGUUUUAUGAUGGAGCUGCACAGGGCUUUGCAGGGUGUAUAAAAAGCAGGCCUUUUUUCUGCAUCCCAUUAAUACUCCCUAAGCAGUGAUACCUAACAUGGCAGGAAUGCGCUUUCACUCCCGCUCUUGGCGACUUCAUCUUGAAAAUCAGGGGGACACACACCAUCUAACAUACUCAUUCUGUGACCCCCUGCUUCACUCUAUCAGUCUCCCAGACAUGCUCUCUCCCGCACACACACACAUAUUCUCAUACACGAGGGGGACUGACUUCACAGCUGCAGUGUCAGUGAAGACACAAUGGCUUUCAGUCCAGCCCCCAUAUAUGCAUCUGGAGAAGUGUUUGUUUUCCGAUGUCUGAGGAACUAUCACUGCCUAAAAUGAGAGACGGUGAAAAAAAAAGUGCAUAGGGAAAAAAGAUAGCAGAAAAAGGGAGUGGGGAAGAGAGUGAAGGGAAGAAAUGAUUGCAACAGAGCUGACACAUAUAGAGUCAAAUGGAUCAUGGGGGUUCUGGAAAAUCUCCCAACACCCCCUCCUCCCACCCUUUUCCCCAAGCUAUGAUUCAUCGAUUUAUUCUCUACAAUGAGAGCCAGACACAUGUAAAGGAAUUCCUUACACUAAACAGGCCUCAUAGACUUAAUGUACUCAUAUAUUUUCUAUUCGUAUCAUUCAAGCCUAGUGAGGCACUGAAAUUUUGUGACUUAAGUCAACAGGGAUGGUGAGCAAUCCUUCGUAUUUAUAUGAUCAAAGGAUCUGGCAGAGAACUGCAUAAAGCACUAAAUGCAUUAAAAUGAGUACAAUACAUUGCACAUCUUUGCUCUGGAGAAUAGGGAUGUGUUUCAAGUUUUUCAAGAAUUUUCACAGGCCCUAUCUAUCAUGAAGAUAAGGUCAUUGUGUGUAAAACAUGACAUUUUCUCUGUGAUCUACAGUUUGUAAUGUGAUCCGAUGUGUAUCACACUAUAUUAAAGGGAUAGUUAGUUAACUCAAAAAAAAUAAUAAAAAUUAAAGGGAUAGUUAACUAAUAAAUAAACAAAUAAAACUGAAAAAACAUCAUUUACUCACCCUCAUGUUGUUCCAAACCGGUUUGAGAUACUUUCCUUCUGUAAAUUAAAAAAGAAGAAAAGAUUUGAAAAGCUCAAAGGUGUUUUUGCAUAUGUUUAUUGACCUGUUUUGAGACCCCAUUAACUUUCUGUUUUGAGAUUUUGGGGUGAUUUUGCUUCCAUAGCAUGUCUUCUUUCAGA